CCCCCCCGCUUCGGACUCAUCCGUCUCCGGACCAGACUGGAGCUGGCCUUCAGCAGCCGGGCAGAGGGGAGGAGGACGAGGACGAAGGAGAGAAAGAGGAGGAGGAGGAGGAGGACGACGACGACGAGAACCGUCCCUUCGGGGAUGCGCUGCUGAGACUGAGCCAGUCCGGCGAUGGGGAUGCUGCUGCCCGGAGACCGCGGCUUUUUCCCGGGACUCUGGGCUGCGCUCCUUCGCAGAAUACGCGGGGAGAAAUCCUGGGCCAGAAAACUUGACGAAACCAACUUGUUGCAACAGAAGAGGAUCUGGGAAUCUCCCCUCCUCCUGGCUGCAAAAGAAAAUGAUCUCUCAGCCAUCCAGAAGCUGAUAGCAAGUCAUACCUGUGACCUUCAUGAACGAGGUGCUGUUGGGGAGACAGCUCUUCAUGUAGCUGCCUUAUACAAUAACUUAGAAGCUGCUCAGCUCUUGAUCAAUGCUGUUCCAGAACUUGUGAAUGAACCUGUGACCUCUGAGCUGUAUGCUGGGGAGACAGCUCUUCACAUAGCUGUGGUAAACAAAAACCUGGGCCUGGUGAAAGCUUUGCUUGAGAAGGGAGCCGAUGUAAAUGGACCUCGUGCUACUGGAUAUGUUUUCAGGAGAAGAAAUGACAGUCUUUUCUAUUUUGGGGAACACAUCUUGUCUUUUGCAGCAUGUGCUGGGAGUGAAGCCAUUGUGCAGUUGCUGAUUGAACAUGGCGCUAACAUUCGAGUGCAGGAUUCCCUGGGUAAUUCAGUCUUCCACAUCUUAACCCUCCAGCCUAACAAGGCCUCUGCAUGUCAAAUAUACGAUCUUCUUCUUUGCUAUGACAAGAAAGAGAAGGGUCUGGGGGACCUGGAUGCGGUCUUCAACUAUGAGGGACUCACUCCUUUUAAACUGGCUGGGGUAGAGGGCAACAUCGUGAUGUUCAACCACCUCAUGCAAAGAAGAAAACAUGUCCUAUGGACUUUGGGGUCUUUGAUGUCUACUUUGUAUGACCUUACAGAAAUUGAUUCAUGGGGCGAUGAUCAGUCUCUUCUGGAACUUAUUGUCACUACAAAAAAGAGAGAGGCCCGAAGAAUCCUCGACCUUACUCCUGUGAAUGAGCUGGUAAGUCUGAAGUGGAAUAAAUAUGGACGGCCAUAUUUUUGUAUCCUGGCCAUAUUCUACGUCCUGUACAUGAUUUGCUUCACAAUGUGUUGUGUCUACCGGCCACUGAAAGAGCGAAGCUGCAAUAAAACAAAUGAAAGAGACAACACCAUCUAUGUUCAGAAACUUUUGCAGGAGUCUUACAUUACUUCUGAAGAUAAUCACAGACUUGUUGGUGAGUUGAUCACUGUUGUUGGAGCCAUCGUGAUAUUGAUCUUGGAGAUUCCAGAUAUCUUCAGAUUUGGAAUAACCAAGUACUUUGGGCAAACUAUCCUUGGAGGACCUUUCCAUGCCAUCAUCAUUGUGUAUGCCUGUAUGAUUCUGCUGACCAUGGUGAUGCGUCUCACUAGCACCAAUGGAGAAGUUGUACCCAUGUCUCUGGCUCUGGUGCUUGGCUGGUGCAAUAUUAUGUACUUUGCACGAGGAUUUCAGAUGCUUGGGCCCUUUACCAUCAUGAUACAAAAAAUGAUAUUUGGAGACCUCCUCCGUUUCUGCUGGCUCAUGGUGGUGGUCAUCCUUGGGUUUGCAUCUGCAUUUUACAUCAUCUUCCAAACAGAAGACCCCAAUGAACUGGGCCACUUUUAUAGCUAUCCCAUGGCACUCUACAGCACAUUUCAGCUGUUUCUUACCAUCAUUGAUGGACCUGCCAACUACGAGGUGGACUUGCCUUUUAUGUAUGGCAUCACUUAUUCUGCUUUUGCUAUUAUUGCGGCCCUUCUUAUGCUCAACCUCCUUAUUGCCAUGAUGGGGGAUACCCACUGGCGUGUGGCUCAUGAGCGGGAUGAACUUUGGAGAGCGCAGGUUGUUUCCACUACCAUUAUGCUAGAGCGCAAACUCCCACGGUGCCUCUGGCCUCGCUUAGGAAUCUGUGGAAAGGAAUAUGGGCUAGGUAACAAGAGAUAUCUGAGGGUUGAAGAUCGUUGUGAAAUAAGGCAGAUGUCUGUAAAAACAAACGGGCCUUACCGAAGAGAUGCCUUUGAGAAGUACCUGCAGAGGAAACAGACACAAGAUGUAGCAGCUGAGGGAAAAGAUGGUCGAACAAUUUUGUCAAAACAGCAGAAGUAUGUUGGUGCGCCUUCAAAUACAGCAAAAACUAAUAGUCACUGGAACAUCUUACGGCAGAGUACACUUGUCCACAAGCAGGGAUAUACCAAUCAUGCCAUGGAAGAGGAGGAGGAGGAGGUCUAUCACGUGUGAAUGCAGAGGCCCAGGUGCCUCUGUGGAAAGUAAGAUAAACUGGGUUAAAGAAAUCAACAUUUAACAAAGCAAUGUUUCAGUUCAAAUACAACAAAGACAGUCUCAGCAUUCUCGCAACACUGCACAUAGUGCUUCUGAGAUAGAUGUAUGGAGUAUAUCUUCAUGCUUCUCAGAACAAUUGAUCAAAAAGAAUGAUGGUAUAUAAUUGUUCCCACCAGCUGACACUCACUCAUACUUAGAAGCAGGACAGUGUAAUAUAGUGGUUAAAAAGCUAGAUUAGGACUAGGGAGUCCCACAACCAAGAUCAGUCUCAGCAACUUUAGGCUAAUCCCUCUGCUCUCUGUCAGUCUACUCUACCUCAUAGGUUUGCCAUUGUGGGGAUAAAAUCAAGGGAGAUCCUCACAUAGGCUAACUUGAGUUCUUGGAAGAAAGGUGAGCUAAAUGUAGCACAUAAUAUUAUACAUGGAAGUCAAACACUAAUAAAGAUGAAUGCCAAUGUGGAUGUUCAGUGUUAAAUAUUUGCAUUCCAAGGAACAAGUAAAGACUCCAAAUGCCUGGCUGUGAAUUUGAAACUGGGAAAUUGGUCUGAGAGGUAUAAGGUACAGCCACAUUUUACCUUAUACAAGACAACCCAUUGGGUCAUUGUUUCAGAGAUAUUUCUUUGCCUAAACAGAAUGAUCAAGGGCAAAAUACAUUAGGAGUAGGAGUGCCUUCCAAUUUUUCUCCUAGCUUGUUUGUGGCUGACUGCUCUCUGGCUGUUAAUGAUGGGACUGUUCUAUACAGCCCCUGGAGGGCUAUAGUGGUACUGGAUUACCUGAUCCCCAGGGGCCAAAGGCGAGGCCCGUCUACCCAGCCUCCAGAGGGUUAGGGCAGGACCAGUCUACUAAACCUCUGGGCAGUGGUGUGGCAGCACAGAAAUUACCAUUAAUUUGCCAAAUUUCAGGCCCACAGGAGUCACGGGUCCUGGACUUUGCACACAUUCUACAAGUUAGCCCUUUUGAGGUAACUUGGUUCAAAAAUGGUUGUUCUAUAAGGCACUGUUUUGCCCAAUUAAGGGACACAGACAUAAAGAGUUUUGGUAGUAUAUAGAUUCAUAUGGGAAAUUAUAAAUAGAAUUUUAGUAGACAAUUCAAGAAGAUUCCUGGAUCAACACGUAUUUUGUGGGUGUUUUGAAUUAUGUAUUAUGUGUAGGAAAACUUGUUUUAAUUGAACAAAUGGGGCAGGCAGUGUCUGUUAUUCACAAGAGUACACUAACUAUGCCAGUGCAGGGAGUCAUCAACUUAUAACCAUAACUGAGGGUGGAAUUACAGUUGUAAGUCAUGCCACUUGUUUGGCAUGACAUAUGACCUUACCUGAUUUUACAACCUUUUUUAAAAAAGACCAUUAAUAUAAACACAGUCAUUAAGUGGAUGCAGUGGUCGUUAAGCAAAUCUCUCUUGUCCCCAGUGGGUGGUGUGUUUUUUUUGCUAGAAAUGGGAAGUAAACACUGGUUUCCAGUAAAAAAAUAAUCAUCAUCAUAAAUAUUGGUCACAUGACCAAGGACAGGGCAAAUGGUCAUAAAUGCAGGCUGGUUGUUGAGUGCCCAAAAUAUGAUCACAUGACCACAGGGGGUGCAGGACAUCAGAACCUUGAAACCAGAUUGUAAGUAGGUCUGUUGUAAUUUUGAAUAAUCUUGUAAUUGGUCACAAGUCAAGAACCUCCUCUAUAUUAUCACAACAAUUUACUUAAUUUGCAUUAUGAAGUCGUGAAACACAUGAUAUAUAUUGAUGCAAUUGAUGUCAUUUGUGUGAUUUGUGUGACAAAUGUGUGACAAGUUUGUAGGACAACAAAUGAUGUAAAUCGCCACAGAGAUUUGGUUUGUUACAUGCAAGUUUAAUAUACUGAGAUCUGUUAAAUUGAAGUUCUGUUCUACUGGAUUUUAGUGCUCAUUACAUUACUUUGCAUUUUCUUUACCCCAGUUUUCUUUCCUUUUUUUUAUUAUCAUUACUAUCAAACCAUGUUUCCCCAAUUGGUUCUGUGCCCAUGAGCCUCUCUAGCGUUAAUGUUUGUUGAUCACUUGGAGCUCUCCAAAUUUUGAGUGGAAACUCCAAAAAUUCUUCAGGCAUGGUUAUGAAUCUGGAUCAGUGUUGAACUGUUGCCAUGGCUCUAUAGGACCCAAGAUAUAAAAAAAACUCUUGGAUUCCUCCAAGAACAAAGACCCUUUUUCAGGACCUCCCAGAAGUCCUUGCAAAUCUUAGGGACUGGAUGGUUACUUAAAGAAGAUUGGUCAGUGCUUGGGUUCUCCUUUACCAUUUAAAAUCCUGACUGGACUGGCCAAGCACAAUGUUUCAUAUACUGUACACCGAAUUAGAACAAGAAAGGAUGUGGAAAAAUAGUUGAGUUGUGUUAUACAACAAGAAUACAUUUUAUGAUACUGAUGCCAAUAGUGAUAGACGUUUAUCAAAGGGGGAAUAGCAGUUAGCAAAAUCAAGAUGGGAGAUAUUCAUGCCUUGUAUUUCUCUCUUUGUGAGUGUAUGCAGAAGAACACAGGCUGUAACCUCUGGUCAUCCUGUGCUUUUUUACAUUCCCAUAUGUAACCAUUCUUGCACUGUCAAGUUCCACUUAUGAAGGGCAGCCGCUUUAAAAACAGCAGCCAUCAAAUGGAGCAAGGCAGGGAAAUUGUGACUCAGUGAUACAACAUCACAUGUGAGUUUUCCUCAGCUUCCUGGAGGCAAGAAGUGCUGUGGCACCACCACCCCUUAUGAAAAUCACUUUCAACUUGUCGGGAGAAGAAAAUGGAUCACUGCUGCUUAGCAUAAGCUAAUUUGGUAUUCUAAAAGUAACUUUUACCUGCCUUUGAGGAUGAUGUUUAUGAGAAGGUCAAGGAAUUGUGUGAAGCGAUCAAGCCCUAUCUACCAAGCUGCAUCACUACCAAACCUCAUUUUUCUGUUUUAUUGAAUACAAGGCUGUGGAUUUUGGCUUUAUCUUCCUAAGUCUUGGUUGAGUAUAACUUCACUUUUCACCCAAUCCCUUCAUUGUUCUUACUGCAAACUAAUGUUAGAAGACAUUGCAGUCCAUUUCUACUACAUAUUCAAAACAUUCCAAUAUGCUGAUCAAAGACUGUAAUAAAAGUUUACUGACCUACCUAUUAAAUAAUUUAAUAAAUUAUGUUUAUUUG